GCAGUUUCGCUGCAAGCGUGCCCACGUUCACAUCACGUCGCCAGUUCAGUUGCGGAACUCACACGGAUAUACAAUAUAUAUAUUCCGGCGAUCAAUUAGAGCCCGGAGUUCAGCCAAAAACCCCCCACUCAGGCAACGCGUAUAAAUAUUGUUACAUAACAUUAACAACUUGUGAAAUCCACGCAGUGCCAGUGCGUAUAACCAAAAUGCUUGAGACCGAGGUGCUGCAACAACCGAAGCUGAGCGGACCGGCUGCCAGUAGCGGCGGCGACUAUGACUAUCCGUAUGUCUGCGGACUGAGUCCGGCGAUGAAGCAGGUGGCCAAGGAGGAGCUGCACGAGGACGAGAAUAUACGGCGACAGGCGCUGGCCCAGUUCCGCGAGUGGAUCGAGAAGCAUCCGCACAUCCGCAAGUGCCGCACGGAUGCCGUCUUCCUGCUGCGCUUCCUGCGCACCAAAAAGUUCUCCGUUCCAUCCGCCUGCGAAAUGCUCGAGCGCUACCUGACCAUCCGCCAGCUGUUCCCGCACUGGUUCAAGCAGCUGGACAUCAACGAUCCGGCCAUCAACGAGAUCUUCGAGAACGGCUACCUGGUGCCGCUGCCGCAGCGCGACGCCACCGGACGCCAGGUCAUCUUCUCCGUGGCCGCCAAGUUCGAUCCCUACAAGUUCACUUCGGUGCAAAUGGCGCGUGUGCACAGCCUGAUCUGCGAGGCGCUCCUGGACGACGAGGAUUCCCAGGUGGCCGGGUACGUGUACAUCAACGAUGAGAGUGGCAUGAACAUGGGCUUCGUCAGCCUGUGGUCUCUGACCGACCUGCGCAGCAUUGUCAAGUGCAUCCAGAACUCGACGCCCAUGCGGCACAAGGAGACGCACUUCGUCAACAUUCCCCACUACGCCAAUCGCAUCAUCGAACUGGGCGUCUCCAUGCUGAGCGACAAACUCAAGAAGCGCAUCAUUGUGCACAAAAAUGUAGACAUCCUGAAGACGAAGAUUGAUCCCGCUAUCCUGCCCAAGGAAUAUGGUGGCACCGUGCCCAUUGCCGACAUGAUCGCCCAGUUCAAACAGAAGUUGCUGAAACGCCGGGCAGCAAUCCUUGCACUCGACGACAUGCAGAUCGAGAUCACCAAGGAUGCGGCCAAUUUCGCCGGCAAUGAUAUCGGCGACAUCGAUGCCGGAGUCGUGGGCAGUUUUAGGAAACUGGAGGUGGACUAGGUGAACCCACCAUUGAACAUUUCCCAAUUCCGUAGGCUAAGCUAGGAUAGGUCAGGAUACCAUUGAGACAAUCGACAAGACGCGCGGGCAUGCACACUUCGUACCUAUUUAAAAGCAUCACCACUAAGUUGUAUAACUACGGUCUCGCCGGAACUGUGACUCCCUCCAGUGGGUGCAGUUCCUCCAAUCCUCAGAACCCCAGAAUUGCUGGGACUGGGGCUGAGUCUCCCAGUUGUAUGUUAUAUUCCAUCCAUGCGUUAUGUUAUGUUAAAUGAAUGUCUAUUUAAAUAUAUGUAUAUACUUAUUCUUGUGAAUUUGAA